AUGUCAACUAACCAACAUUGCCCUAGCUGCCAAGAUGUAACAACCCCAAAGAAAGUAUUUAACAUUCGUGAUAACCCUAUACCAUUUUACAUUACACAUGAGGUUCCUGAGCGAACCCGGCUUUCAGGAUUAAUUGAGUUACAUGGCGGAAAGGUUGUCAAAGAAUCCAAUGAUGCUCAAUACAAGCUUGUAGACCCAACAAAAACACAUCGCUCUGUUGGUAGUUCACGUCUUCAUUCUUAUAAGUUUGUCACAGAUUCUAUUGAAGCAAACCGUUUAAUGCCAGCAAUAGGAUAUGAACUACUCCUUACGGGUGAACGUAAUGGUCGUAUUCCCUUUUCAAAAGAAGACGACGAAUAUUUGGAGAGAAAUCGAGCAUUACAUAUACUUGAUGAUAUGGAAAUGAAAAAACAGAUGCAAAAUGGAGUACAAACAGAAACAGAAAAUUUCAUCGCUGAACGUUCUUACACAAGGCAGAUGUCACCAAUUACGGAGACAGAUGACCUGGAGGUCGAAAAUAAACUGGAAAGUUUUAUAGAACGUCAAGAAUAUCAAGAGAAUCAAGAAAGUAUUGACCCUAAUUCCAUCUCCUAUAUUUCUGAUCAAUCAAAUGAAAUGCGAGGUGAAACACAAAAUGAAGAUAAUAGAUUUCACUUUGAAGCGAUUUCAACCGAUUCAGCUGAAGAGGACAGCGAGGAUAAUAUAUCUAUUUCGGUUUGUCUUGGGAAAAGACGUAAAAUGUCAGAUGAAAGAACGGAUGAUCCAAUUCAAACAAAACGUUCGAGAUUAUCUGUUUCCCAAGAUAGACAAGAUCAAAUAAAUGAAGUAAAUGACGAUGAAAGAGAAUUUUCUGUUUCCCAAGAUCAGGUAGAUCAAGUGAUUGACGACGAAAGGGUAGAUCAAGUGAAUGACGAUGAAAGGGUAGAUCAAAUUAAUGACGACGAAAGAGUAGAUCAAGUGAAUGAUGACGAAAGAGAAGAUCAAAUAAAUGAUGAUAAUGAAAAAAUAGAUCAAGUGAAUGAUGACGAAAGAGAAUUUUUGACCAGGGUUAAGCGACUCUCCGAAAGAACCCACCGCCCAUUGACUGAUGUGAUUCGCGCAUUGGGUGUAACAAGCUGCAAUUUCGAGGCAGCUAACGAUUACAUUCUUGGCAGAAAAAAUAAACAUAUUUGGACUAGCGAGGAAGAUUCUAUCCUCCUUGAUAGGUCUAAUGAAGGAAUGAUCUCGAUCUUAAAGAAACACGGGACUGAGGUAACCAGGGAUAGGAUCGAAUUCCUUAAGUUUAAGCACCGAGAAAUUCGAUUCUUACCAACAAAAAAUAAUUAA